UAUCAUUCGAGAACUCUCAAAAGCGGACUCAGAACUGGCUCUUCGGAGAAACAAUGAACAACUUACUAGUGUUGGUUUAUAUGAGUCCUUUUCUAGCGCCAAUUCAUGGCGUUCCUUCACUGUUGAAAGUCCAAUCAAUCAGCCAAGAUUCAGAUAAUUGUGCCCAAAAAUGUCAAUCCACCGUGAGCACCCAAUCAUGCUCAGAGCUGGUUCUUCACGAAAAAUCGAGUUGUCCCAUUUGCUACAGAUUUUUUGAAUGCAAUUCAACCUCGUGCUCAAGAGCCUUUUCUAGAAACGAAUAUCUUCGGAUUUGUAAAUCAGCAGAACAUCAUAUCAGAUCAAAAAGAAGAAUUUCAGUGCAUACACGCCAUCGACGCCCUUGCCACGUUCAAUCCCUGGCCCAGAGUCAAUCCAAUGGCGUGUCCUCGUGUCAAGCCGAUGGGAUCCCGUGUUCCCAGCAUCCGUGUUGUCGAGAGGUGGGACAGGGAACUUGGCAAUGUGGAGACACGAGUGCGGCCAGUACGAAUCGAAUGAUGGGAAGAGAAUAUUGGGAGGAUUUUAGCAAGUCUAUGAACCGCAUGAUGUCGAGCAUUUUCAAUGGGUAAAUGGAGGAAGAAAUCGCUUGAGGUGGUCUUCCACGUCUCAACAGGCGUUGUGAAUAUUCAAGUAGUUCUCUCCACAUCGUCGCCACAUAAAUUAGUGAAUUGCAUCCUCAUUACCAAGCUCAUACGUCAUAAAACCGUAAAAUCAAGAAUCGGUGGUAGUGGCUGGUUUGCUUGAAUUAUGUCUAUGAUCAGGGAAAACGACAUGAAAGUGCGAUUGAAGCGGAGGAAAUGGUUGGAGGUUGUCAAUGUGCAUGCGCGAAAUUUUAUACAUACUCGUACAUGUAGAUAUGUAUAGUAGAAAUGUAUGGUGGGAGUGGAGCUCAAA